UCUAAAACCACUCGCAGGGAUGAUCAAUUUCCACCAAAGAAUUUCCCUCUUUGCUCUCUCUCUCUCUCUCUCUCCCUUCCUCCUCGAUUUCCUCCAAAACCCAAACCCUAGAAAAAGAUAAAGAUGAUCGAUUUCAUCAAAACGAGGAUGAAAAAUCUCUCCUUUUGAUCGCUGUUCCCCUCAAACCCCACCCCCUCCCAAUCCCCUCCCCGUGAUGGAAGCCAUUGAUCUCGCCGCCAUAGCGACCAUUGGAACCACUGAACCCAUUGCCGGCCAAGAUCAGAACCUACGACGCCGCCGCCCUAGCGCUGCUCUUUGGUGCUUCCCCACCAACCGUCCUCCUGGCUCCUGACUCCUGACCACUAGCUUGAUUUCUCUUUCUUUUCUUUGAUUUCUCUAUAUUUUCUGUGAAUUUUUGGGUUUUUUUUUUGUUGUUGUUGCGGGGAUAUGGGUUCGUUUCCGAUUGGUGAUUUGAGGCCUUUCAGUGGGUUUUGUGAUGGUUUGGAGCUGCCAGCGUCGUCUUCGCUGGUCAUGGAUGGGGAUAGGGGAGAGUUGAUGAGAGCCGGAAGGGGAAGGAGUGGUGGAUGUGGGGAUUUGAAUGAUAGGGCUGCCAUGGCGCUGAAGAGCCACAGCGAGGCGGAGAGGAGGCGGAGGGAGCGGAUCAAUGCCCACUUGAGCACUCUGCGUGGCCUUAUCCCCUCCUCCGAUAAGUUAGACAAAGCUUCAUUACUUGCUGAAGUGAUCAGUCAUGUGAAGAAACUUAAAAGUAAUGCUACAGAAAUCAGCAAAGGUUGCAUUGUCCCAUCUGAAGUUGAUGAAGCAAGAGUUGAAACAGAGAGUAUCGGAUUGAACAGUGAAGCCCUUAUGAUUAAAGCAUCACUCUCCUGUGAUGACCGGCCUGAAAUCCUUGCAGAUUUAAAGCAGACUCUCCAGACCUUCAAGCUGAAAACUCUUGGUGCAGAGAUCUCAACCUUGAGUGGCAGAAUGAAAGUGGUUUUCCUUCUAGCAUGUGAAGGGAACAUCUCUGAUACAGAAGGGCACCUUCUCACCACUUCCAUUCAACAAGCCCUGAGGUCUGUUCUAGAUAGGGCAACUUCACCACAGGACUUCCUACUGAGAGCUUCAUAUCCAAACAAGAGGCGAAGGAUACCAUUGUUCGAGUCCUCAAGCUCCUCUUCUUGAAAUUCCUUUAAUAAUGCAGUGUGGUGAACACACAAGAUUAUUAUCAUUUCCUCAGCCUUUUGGAGGAUGAUGAUGAUGAAAUACUAAUUUAUUUGAGGGAGAGCUUCCAGGUUCAAGCAUAUUUUUUCUUCAAAAUGCUGCAGUUGAACUUUUUGGAUUGGAAGUUGAAGUGCUUGUAUAUGAUUGAAGCAUGAAGUAUAUUUUGCAUUUUUCUUUCUUGUAUAUACUUUAAUGUAUGUAGAUAUGAUCAAACAUUUACUGGGGAGAUAUACUUUGAUGCAUCUACGGACAUAAAAUUUGUUGUUCUAAUAACUCCCUUGUACGGUUUGGAGGCAAAACAUUUGAGUUUUCCCUUAGCAUGAAAUGGAUAUUUUAUCUUGUCAGGCCAUUCUUGUAA